GAAAAAACGAGCUGCUGCUCGAGCUUUGCUGCAACACUGGGCGAAUCAGACGGAUGAGUUCAGAUUGGAGUUGCUUUGCAGCUCUGAUCUUCUCCUCCGUACCCUGCAGUACCGGCCCCAUCAGCUGCUGCUGCCGGGCCAUGGCUGCGACGGGAAGCUGGGGCACUUGCAGCGCUUGGUGGUGGAGUUUCAG